AUGCAAUGUUAUAUCUGUAUACAUAGUAGUAAUUUUUUAAGAAAGAUUUCAUUAGACAAAGCUAGGAGUUUAUUUUCCACUAGUAAGAAUUCUUAUUAUAAAAUAUUAUGCACAUCCAGAGCAUUGUUGGACCAGACAGUUGGAUCGACAGUGAAUUCUGCCUUUAGAAAUAUUAAAGAGCAUGAAAGGCUAAAACAUGAUAUAAAAGAGGCAACUGCAGAUAUAAAAUCUCAAAUUAAUACUUUAACCACAAAUGAAUUAUUCGCUUUGUUAUUAACAUAUAUUCAGAUUUUUAAAAGAUGUAGAAUAACAGGAGAAUUUUAUCAGAAUUUACUUAAAGAGAUUAUUGCAAAAUUAAAUGAUGUAGAUUCAAAAUGCAAAGAUAUAGAUGAGAAGGCUUUUAUAAAAAACGGAGUUGGCCAUUUAAUUCCAUUGAUAAAAAGUUUACAUAUAAACGAGACUUAUGGAGUUCAUCUUUUUGGAGCAUUAAGAUAUUUUGAGGGCGAUUCAGAGUUUUCAUCCCAAGUAUGGGAUUAUAUUACUAAACGAGUUUCCAGUUCCAUUCAAAAAUUCCCCCUUCAACAAUUACAACAAAUAACAGACCAUUUGAGUACUAUUACGGUUAGAAAAUCUUGGAAAUUUACAGGACCAAUAUUAUUACGCGCGACAUUAUUGAUGAUGGAUAAAGUUGAUCAAACAAAUCAAUCUCUAAACAUUUAUAAUAUUUUAAAUAUAUUCAAAGCAUUAUCAAAGGGAAAUGUUGAUGUAUCAUCUGAAAUUGUGACAAAAUUGUUUAAAUAUAUCGAGAACUCACUAGAUUCGCCUAUGGAAACCCCUUAUAGAUGGACAAAAUUAAAAGUACAUUUAUUGCAAACACUUUUACUUUGUAACUUUGCUACGCCAAUUCUUGUGGAAAAAUUGAUUGAUCACAUUAGAAUGUUCUGUUCCAGUUGUGGUUCUAUUAAUGUGAAAUAUCUACAAGACACUAAUGAUUAUGUAAAUCAAUAUAAUACUAAUGACAAUAUUGAUCCACGAAAUUCACUUUACCCUAAAUAUGCCAACUUUAUAGUCCCUGGAGGUUUAGAAAAGCCAAAAGUAGAAUCAAAUGCAAAGUUUUUAUACCUUGCAGGAUUGGAAAAGUUACAAGAGUUCGGUAAAAUAACAUUUUGCAGAAGUAUAAAAUUAAUACAAAUACUAAUCAGUAUGGAAUAUCCUUACAUGAUAUCAUCAUUUUCAUCAUCUACACUUAGCUUUCUUGAGCAAGUAAAUAAAUUUCAGUUGAAAUCGUUUCCAGAGCCGAACAAAAUGAUCGAGGAGUUUGAAAGUGCUCUAAAAUUAAAAUUCACAAUCAAAGUCAUUGGUCCAUUUGAGACAUAUUAUAUAGAUAAAUCGAACGAUCUAAUUUGUUUAGAGCCGGUUAUUCAGAGGCAAUUGACGAAAGGUAAACACUGUAAAAUGUUGGAUAUAAAGUUAAAGUAUUUAAAUAGUAUGGGAUGGAGUCCAAAAUUAGUUUACGAAUCUGAAUGGAAAAAAUUGUCGGUUUCUGAAAAGAAAAUUUUUGCUCAAAAUCUUUGGGGAUUAUUCAAACCACAAUAA